CUUUCUCUCGUUUUCCUCUCUUUCUGUUCUCCAGGCCUCGCACUGUACGACCGACGACCUGACCUGUGACAGCUUUUCAAAGGGGGUCAGCAGGCCCGGUAGCACAAGAAAUGAUGGUUAUGUGAACGAUUGGGUGCUGGCAGAUGGUCGAUUACGAUACGAGAGGUGAAUGGGUGGUGCACCAUGAUGUGAUUCAUUCGUGUUCCGUCGAAGCGUGCAGGUCGAGCUUGUCCUCAAUGGGCAAGCGCACGCGCUUUCCAACAAAAAGCUAUAAUUAUGCAUGUCAGGCCGUGUCGGGCGUAGCGAUGAUCAACGCUCUUGGAUUUUGAUGAGACACAGGCGGGAUCACCAGCAGGCGUGCUAGUCUAGCUUCGUUGGAACAGGCCUUUGUGCACACUGACUGGGUGGGUGUUCCGGGUGGGAACUUCUAUCAUCGAACUGACGGGCAGCGCUACGAGGCUAACGAGCCUUUUCCCAGCAAGGCCUUCGGUGUACGGAGUAGCUAGAGAGAGGUAAGUAAAGAUGCAAGUCCAAUGGCUAACUCAAACCUCGGCAUGAAAGACUGCAAAUGCCCGCCGCCUGUCUGUCAGGGUCAUGGAUUUCCUUGCUCACACACCUCUGGAGCCCUGAGAUUGGUGGUUCUUUUGUUUCGUGUGUGGUUGAGUGAGCAUGUGGGCACGGCUGAAGAGGCUGAAGAGGAAAGCCCCCGAGGUCGCCCCCUGAGUGUACUGAUCCUUGAGGAGAUUGAGGGAGUGAUGUGUUUACCCAGGCAGUCGAGGGGGAUGGUCUUAUUCGCAUGUGAACUGCAUGUUUGGUGUGUACGAGUACUCAUGAGUACGGGUGUCUUCCUAAGGUAGUGGCAUUUGGUGGCAUCGAUGGCAUCGACACUACUACUGUAUGUACUCCGUUGGUAGGUACUACCUGACCUAGGGAAGUACAGGAGCUCGUUUGAGUGUCUUUUUUGGGGCCAAAAGACUAGGGAAAUUCCGUACCAUGGAAUGAAAUGUGUGAUGGUGUCAACUGACCGAGACAUUUCUAUUCCGUACUUUACAGUUAACUCGACAAAAGGUGGC